CCUCUUCCCCCUUCUUCACAAAAACUUCAUUGUCAACAAUAAGUUCCUUCGAAAGAUUUCUUGUACUUCUUUGUUUAAGUUUUUAUUUAGAUUCAAAACAACAGAUAGUAUUUGGGAAUUGUUAAAGUCUUUUGGAGUUUUCGAGAAGAAAUUUGUCGUCAGUUUCUUUAAUCUUCCUUUUCGAUUUUGAUAUGGCUGGUAUGUGUUGUGGAGUUGUUGGUGAAGCGGACACUCCAUCGACGGUUGAGCCUAGUGGUGGUCGUCAAGCGAGACGUCGCCGGAUGGAAAUUCAUCAGCUUAAAUUCCUUGCCACCACCGCCUCCGAUGUAGCUGCGCCGCCCCCGGAGUGCUGUAGAAAGCGAAGGAAGGUGGAAAAUCUAGAAACGAUUGAAAAGAGUGUUGUGGUGGAGGAUUUAAGUCUUCCGGUAGAGUGCGAGAAGGUGGUUCAGCCGUGUGAUAUGAUGCGGAAGGAAGACUGUUGUCUUGAAAGUUCGUCGGAGACGGAGAUCGUGUUGAAUUCAUGCAAGUCGACGUUGGAGACUGUUGUUGAGACUGUUCAGGAUGAGGAUGAAUCUAGGUUUGGCGUUACUACGGUUUGUGGAAGGAGGAGAGAUAUGGAAGACGCCGUUGCUGUAAAACCGUCGUUCUGUGGUGAUGAUCUGCACUUCUAUGGCGUUUACGACGGCCAUGGCUGCUCACAUGUGGCGAUGAAGUGCAAAGAUCGAAUGCACGAGAUAGUAAAGAACGAGGUCGAAAAUGGCGGAGAAUCAUUAGAAUGGAAAGACGCCAUGGCGACGAGCUUCACACGAAUGGAUAAAGAAGUGACAGAGUGGAGCGAAGGUGCUUCGAUUUCGAAUUGUCGAUGCGAACUUCAAACUCCCCAAUGCGACGCCGUUGGAUCAACCGCUGUCGUUGCGGUGGUGACUCCCGACAAGAUCGUCGUCUCAAACUGCGGUGACUCGCGCGCCGUGCUAUGCCGGAACGGCGUAGCUAUUCCUCUCUCCUCCGAUCACAAGCCUGAUCGACCAGAUGAACUAGCCAGAAUCGAAGACGCCGGCGGCCGUGUGAUAUACUGGGACGGCGCUCGAGUUCUCGGAGUACUAGCAAUGUCGAGAGCAAUCGGCGACAAUUACUUGAAGCCGUACGUGAUACCGGAACCGGAGGUAACCGUAACGGAACGUACAUCAGACGACGAGUGUCUAAUUUUAGCCAGCGACGGGCUGUGGGACGUGGUAUCGAACGACGUCGCAUGUAACGUUGCACGUAUGUGUCUAUCCUCGCAGACGCCGGCGUCACCUCUGCGGUCACCGGGAAACGAAGUCAGCGUCGCCGGCGGCGAAAGUUCCGACAAAGCCUGUUCCGACGCGUCAAUCCUUUUAACAAAGCUAGCUUUGGCUCGACGGAGCUCCGAUAACGUGAGCGUCGUUGUGGUUGAUCUGAGGAGAAAUCUGUAACACAGUAACAGUUCAUUUCAAUCUUCAGAUCUAAUCCGAUUCCUUUUUUAAUUGAAUCAAUCGAUUGUUGUAGUAUUAAAAUCAUCAUCAAUCAGAUAUUGCAAUUGGAAUACAAGUUGGGUUUUGGAUAA